ACGGUUAUUAUAUCCACAGUAACAAUGUAUGCAUACUCUCUACUUAUAUUUAUAACAGUUAUAGUUUCAGCUUAUGGGACAAUACCAUUUAAAUGGCGAGAUUGUAGUAUAGAUAAGUCUGCACAGGCCAUCCAGGUGACGUCAAUUACUGCCGGUCCAGUUCCACUUGUUGCUCCAGGACCUCUCCAUCUAACAUUUUCUGGCAAAGUCUUAAAACCAAUACCAAUCUUUAUGAUAGAAUUUGAUAUGAAGAGACAUGGGUUUCUUGGAACUAGAAUAACCGUCCCUUGUGUUAAUGGUGUAGGAAGCUGUGUCUUUGAUGGAUGUUCAUUUGUUGAUAGUUUAUUAAACUCUACAAGAACUAGUGCACAAAGUGUAGCACAGCAGGCUUUGAAAAUGAUAGAAUCUGUCAACGCAACACUAAAAUGUCCAAUACCAGUUGAGAAUAUAAAUGUACAAGACUACACGAUAAAUGUUCCAGAUCUCGGUCCAAUUGCACAUGUUAUUGGAGACGGUGAUUACACAGUUAUAGUGAGAACUAAAGUUCCAGGAACAGGUGCACUCCUUGGCUGUUUGUCAUUGGAUGUAUCGCUUGGAAAACAGUGCACAGGAUUGUUUUGUGGUAUUGGAAGGAAACGAAAAUAAAACAAUAAACCUUGACUUUCACUUUUAACACAAAACUGUUCUUAUUACAUAAAA